CCACUAGUGCGCGUGCAGCUCUCGGUGCAUGUUUUAAAGCCCUCAGCUCGCGAAUGCCCGGCGCGCCACCUGGCGACGCGCGGUCACGCGCACUCUAUAGCGCAGUGCCGGUAGAGCGCGCGGUCAGAUUCCAGUGUUAGUUUCACGUGGAGCACGAGCGAGAGAACCACGACUUUCCUCCCCGUUACUGCUUCCGUUUGUCUGCUUUGCUGUUGAAGCCACCGGAUUAGGACGAUGUAAACCGACUCCACACUGGACGGAAGUUGUGCCGCGCGCGCUCGCAUGGAGAUAGUAGAGGUCACGUGUAUGAUGUGUGUCAGUGAGGACAGUGUCUAAGGGGGGGGUGAAGUGGACACUGCUGAGGCGGGACUCUAUAGAUGUCAUCCUCUACUUCAGCUUUAUCCUCAGAAUAUGCCCAGACAUCAUCAUGAAUCUGACACUGAGCACCAAGCCUGGAUUCUUCCUCACCAACAGCUCUCCUGGAAUGAGAGAUUAUCCCGACAUUGCCGUCAUUCCUCAAGACUUCUGGCCAGAGGGUGACAGUCAUCAAGCCAACGUCUCCCUCCGCACACGGGGCGCCAACCUGACCAGCUCCCCAAAUGCCACUAUCACACCCACUGUGGUGUAUGAUCCUCUAGGUGGACACUCUGUCUGGCAAGUCAUCAUUAUUGUACUACUAACAGGGUCAUUGUCCCUGAUCACAAUCAUUGGAAAUAUCUUGGUGGUUGUGUCAUUUAAAGUUAACAAACAGCUGAAGACAGUGAAUAACUAUUAUCUGCUCAGCCUGGCCUUUGCUGACCUCAUUAUUGGCAUAUUGUCAAUGAAUCUCUACACUACCUACAUUAUCAUGGACAGGUGGGCACUUGGAAACUGGGCAUGUGACUUAUGGCUGGCUAUUGAUUAUGUGGCUAGCAAUGCCUCUGUCAUGAACUUGCUGGUAAUCAGCUUUGACAGAUACUUCUCAGUCACAAGGCCACUUACAUACAGGGCCAAACGGACCACUAAAAGAGCAAUGACCAUGAUUGGCCUUGCCUGGUUUAUUUCCUUUGUGCUCUGGGCCCCUGCCAUCUUGUUCUGGCAGUACUUUGUGGGGAAACGAACAGUACCUCCAGGAGAGUGCUACAUCCAGUUUCUCUCAGAGCCUAUUAUCACAUUCUGCACUGCAAUCGCAGCCUUCUACCUGCCUGUGACCAUCAUGACAGUCCUAUACUGGCGGAUAUAUAAAGAGACAGAGAACCGAUCCAAGGACCUGGCAGGGCUGAAGGGCUCAGGGAACCAGGUCAAGCAAAGCAGCGAAGAGGAGUCUGCUGCAAUGAUGCCCUCAAGAGACAGCUCUUACAGUUGUGUCAACGAAGGCCUAAACCAGCCUGUUCAAAAGGACUCUGAGAAAAAGAUAGGAAAUAGUUGCCACUUCUGGCUGCUAGGUCGCAGUGGUCAAAAAGGUUGCAGCACUGGUGACCAAGAACACAGCAGUAGUGAUAGCUGGAAUAACAAUGAUGGUGGAGCAUCAAUGGACCAGUCAGAUGAAGAGGAACAGGAUGAAGAAGGUGCCAAUGCAAGGGCCAUUUACACCAUUGUGGUGGACAUGCCUGAAGUGACGGCAGACAGCAACUCUGGGACACCUAAGCAAGGACAGCUAAAGCCUGAAAACAUGGCUGUAGAAAAACCUUCUAGAAAAGGCUUUUCCAAAACUCCCACCCAGUCCUUGCCCACCAUGGACAACUCUAAGCCUUGUGGGAGCUCUUCUGCCUCAAAAUCACCUUCAGUACCUCUGUCCUUUAAGGAUGAAACUAUGGCAAAGGAUUUGGUCUCAAAGGCCAAGACGCAAGCCAACAAGCGCAAGAAGGUAUCACUUGUCAAAGAGAAAAAAGCAGCACAGACAUUAAGUGCCAUCCUCCUUGCCUUCAUCAUCACCUGGACUCCAUAUAACAUCAUGGUCCUUGUAAAUACAUUUUGUGAUAACUGUAUCCCUGUGGGACUGUGGGCUCUGGGAUACUGGCUGUGCUAUGUGAAUAGUACAGUGAACCCUAUGUGCUAUGCACUGUGUAACAAAAACUUCCGCAUCACCUUCAAAAUGAUCCUGAUGUGCCAGUGGGACAGACAGAAACAGAAUAAGCCUCACCUUCUACAGAAGCCAGCAGUAGUGGCCUACAGGAAGAAGUAACUAAUGUACAGAUAAAAUGAGACAUCAGAUUUCAGAGCGUAGACUGUUAUGAACUGCUGGGUCGACCUUUCAUCGUUGCCAGUGUUAAGAUUUGCAACACUAAAGCGUACCCUUAGAAAAAUAGUUCCUCAAUGUCUCUUUGGAUAGGUAGGGUUCUUUACUUCCUAAAGAGGUUGUACUUGAAACCCACUUUAAGAAGGAACAAUCCACCCCCUGCCCCUCGUUGUGUGGUUCAAAAUAGACCCUUUAAGGGUUCCCCAGAGGGACCAGCUAUCCCUUAAGGGUUCUAGAUUUUACUUUUUUUUCCCGUGUGUAUCGCCUUCGGUGUCUGUCAAAAGGGCUGUUGGGUUUGUAAUUGUAGAAGUACGCUAUUAGAAAAGAGGUUUCCUCAAGGGUUUCUCUUUAUAGUUCUAGAAUUAUAAAGUGCUUCUACAGGACCCAGUGCGGAAAGGGACUGGUGCUUAAGAGUUCACCCUAGAAGGACAAAUCAGAUAACCUUUUUGGGAUACUAGAUCAAACCUUUUUUCUUAGAAUGAAUGUGAUUGAUUAGUGCCUCUAUUCUAACUAUGUGUUGAAGGUCAUGUGGGGAAAUAUUACACAGCCUCCUACUGUACCAGCCGAGUGAGAGGUGAGCCAACAUGGCACUUCUUUUUUAUCUUUGGUGUAAACUGUUGAAAAGAAAGUAAACCUUUCUGCGCUGUAUGCUGGUGUUUUGUUUCUGAUAUAUUUGGCCAUUGUCUGUAGUGACCAUCACUGACGCAUACUCUUAGAAAGAAAGGUUCUUUGGAUAGUUGAGGGUUCUUCGCAUCUGAAAGGGGUUCCACAUGAAAUCCUAUCUGAUAGAGAAACAUAAUUUUGGGGGAGUUCUUUAAAACCUUUCAAAACUUUCUCAGAGGGGCAAACCAAAUAAUUGCCAAGGGUUCUAGGUUUAACCUUUUAUCUUUUCUAAGUGUGUACGUAGUAGUUAGGGUGUAUUGUGUUUUAUCAAAGAUGCAGUGUUUUCCACACAGAAAUUGUUGUAUGAAGCUGCUUAUAUAUGAAUUGUAUGAGGUGGUAUUUAUCAGAUUUUAGACAAGUAAGUGCUUUUGUUGAUGUCCUCCUUAUGCAGCCUGCUGUUCAUUCUGUACAAAUCAUUUUAUAUUUUUCAAAGGUUUAUUCAGAUAAGGACUCUUUUAAGGUGUAUUUUGGGGAGCAUGUUUUGCAAUAAAGACAAAAUUAAGUGUUUUCUUGCUAGAAAAAAAGAAGGUAAUUUUAAAUUUUGUAAAAUUUUUCAUUUUUAAAAGGUUUUUUUUUUUUUUUUUUUUAAGAUAACAUAAAAUGUUCUGGGGCUGUAUUCCCAAAGAAUCUUAAGACUGAAAGUAGCUCCACACUGGCUGAUUUAAGACAAAAAUUAAAUAUUAAUUAAUUGUGAUAUUCAUCUUCCUCAUUUUUUUCUGUUAGUGAAUAAUUCACAAAGCAUUUUAGCUCUAAAAGCAUGUCGUAGGAAUAGUCCAAAGGUCACAUAUAACUGAAUCACGGACCAAUCUAACAUCGCUGAUGGCGAUUGACUGCACAGUGUUCAUGUAUUUGAUGUAUAUCAUGACAUACAGGUUUUAAAAAGGUAUGAUUUGAAUUGUGGGGGUGUUUCAAUGAUUUUGGAGUUUUAAGGACAGCCACCUCACCUAUUACGUAUUGCACUACUGCCAGAGAUCAAAGUUUCCACAAUUCUUUGCUACUUGGUCUGAUGAAAAUUGCAGUUAUGCAGCAAAGAUGAACUGCAAAUAUAAUCUGCAAGUCAUGUUUUACAUCAAACAAUAAAUGCCCUCUCCAUGCUAUGAACAGUUGAGUUGCUGCUACUGAUGAUGUCAUUUUUCAUAACUGAAUAUCAACAGUGAUGUUCAGUGAUUGGCUGAUGUAGAGGUCUUCAUGGUAAUCUAAAAUGGAAACUAAUUGCGUGAUGUCAUAUUACAAAAAAAUUGUUGUCCAAUUCAUACCACAUGGAAACAAAAAUCUAAAUGCUCAUAUGUGGUUCAGAUGUUUACAGACUACAGAGCCAUGGGGACACUACUACUGGAUGGAUGGAAGGGUGGAAGGCUUGAUGGAUGGAUGGAUGGAUGGAUACACUACUACACUGCUAGAUAUGGAGUAUCUACAUUGAUGCGCUAAUUAAUUGUACAUAAAAAUCCUGUCGUUAAUACACAUCCAUAGGUUGCAAACAAUUUAUGUGAGCAUUUAUGUAUGCUAAUAAACAGCAGCACUUUCCUAUUAUUAUUAUUAUUAUUAUUAUUAUUAUUAUUAUUAUUAUCCAUCCAUCCUGCUUAUCCUACACAGGGUUGCGGGGAACUUGGGGGACAAGGCAGGGGUGGCAUCACAGGGCAGAGUGCCAACCCAUCACAGGGCACAGUCGAGCACACACUCACAAGUUUGGAAACGGCAAUCAUCCUACAGCACAUGUCUUUGGACUGGGGAGGAAACUGGCGUACCCAGAGGAAACCCCCGAAGCACGGGGGGGGAACAUGCAAGCUCCGCACACACAGGGCGGAAGUGGGGCUUAAACCCCUAACCCUGGAGGUGCAAGGCAAACGUGUUAACCACUAUUAUUAUUAUUAUUAUUAUUAUUAUUAUUAUUCAUUUUCUAUUGAAUUUAUUUAUUUGGGUGUAUUGCACAGACUAAAACUUCAUCAGCCAAUCACUGUUGAUACUAAUAUCACUGUUUCUUACUAAAAGUUCCUUUUAUGUGAUGAAGUCCCGGCCAGGGUGUAUUCCUGCGUUUCGCCCAGAGUUCCCAGCAUUGGCUCAGGAAGCUCAGGAAGCACCUCAGCCCUGCCUAGGAUAAAGCAGUUAGUGCUUAGAAGGUGAAGGAAUGAAGGAAGUUCCACUUAGCAGUUUUGUAUGUAGAUUUUAAAGGGAAGCUCUUAUAUAGGAUUUUUGUGCCAUUUAGAAGGACAUUUGAAGAGUAAAAUAAGAUUAUUUGUGAAUAUGACCCCCUUAUACCAAUAUGAUGAUCAAUGCUGCCCUCUAGUGGAUGUAUGCAGAGACAAAUAAACAACACCUGUGGACAAGCAUUCAAGGAUUAGUCUAAAAAUGUAGUCACACAAUCAGGAUCACUACUAUUUCUCUCUUUUUUGUGUUUAUAAUGAUGUUUUUAUCUAAAAGACAUGUUCUAACAUGUCUUUCUAAGAGCUGAUUAAUAAAGUAAUAGGCACAGUAAGCUCUCUUCUGUAUACAAAUAUUAUUGUAAACUAUUAUUAUUAUUAUUAUUAUAUUUUACACAACCUUUUAUUCGAGAAUUUAGAGCAUUGGGUGAAAUUUCUAAAUUAAAGCCAUCAUCUCUUUACAAAUAAAAGAUUAAACUAGCUUUGCCAUCUUUGUUUUUUUCCCCUUUGUGUUAUUUUGUGUUACAAUAAUACGAAAAGAACUUGACUACAAAUGUAUCUAUAAUGACAUGUCCUAUUGUAUGAUAUUUUUGGAUGAUAUUUAUGUACAGUUAUGUACAUUACAAAACAAAAUUACUGAAGAAAAAGCUAUUUUUAUUGUAUUUAAAAUGUUAUAAUGUGGAUAAAAACUCAGUGUUUCUGUAAGCAGACUCAUACACACUAGAAUUUUCAAUUUCAAUAUUAUUUGUUAUGAUUCAUUCAUUUCAUCAGUAUCAUGCUUUUCUCUUAUUAGAGUUUAUUUAAUGACUGUAGUAUGUAUGUGUGCAAAUUCUGUUGCCUAUUUAGAUUUAUUUUGGGGCAGUGGUUAAGGUUCUGAAUACAUUAUGGUCAAAAAUAAUCCUUCUCUCAGACACUUUUAAUCAGCGCUGUAUCCAAAACUAGGAAUGUGCUAGAACAAGACCUUGUACAAUGUUUGGUGCAUUUGUCCAAAAUUGUAUUCCAGUUUUAUUCAAACGUAUAGAACAAGAUUUAAGAUUUGAAAUCUUAGGUUUACCUCUUAUACAGUCAAGUGCAAAUGUUUGCAUCCCCUUAGGACAACAUAAAGAAUACAAAGAGUUAUUAUUUACAGCAACAUCGCAUUUAGUGUAAGCAUACUGUAGUGUGUAGUAACACACACACACAGCCAUUUAUCAGCGCUGAAAAUUUAAUGCAUUUAUUUUUGUUUUCUUUUUAGAAUGAAAAAAGUGAAAAGGGAACACAUAGAAAUACAAAUAUAUAUCACUGAAAUUCACAAAUCAGUUAUUGAACAUAAUAACCCACAAUUUAGGACAAAAAGUGUAUUAAAAUAAAUAGAAAUCAAACAAAAUUAAUAAAGACUAAAGCAAAAAUAGCUCUUCCUUUACUUUUUUUUUUUUUUUUUCAAAUAAUGAAGUCUACAGAUGAUAAACCAGCUGUUAAGAAGCUGUGGUAGGAGUGUUAACAUGAAGUGGAUCCUAACUUUAAAUGAACUGCAGCACUUUUGUAAUAAAAGAACCUCAGCCAUUUCAGUUUCCUUCAGAGUGUAUAUACUAUAGCACAAAUAUAUAUUUAAAAAAAUUGUAUUAUUGUUCUACAUUUUUUCAUGUUAACACAUUUGAGAAAGAGUGCUUAAGUUACCACUUAAUCUCUAUUAAAUAUUUCUGCAGUCCAUGAAAAGUUAAAUAUUUCAAAUAGAAGUAGUAGAAAUAUUUCAUAGAUCAAAGCCUGACAAAUUAUUUAUAUAUAUUUAUUUAUUAAUUUAUAUGAAAAGAAAAUUGUGGAAAUUAAUGAUGAAUCUUCUAGAAUAUUCCUCAGGAUAUAAUUGUGACAGGACUAAUUAUAACUGAAUCAUGUUGAGCACCUUUUGGAGAAUUGAAUUAUGAAUUAUAAAGCAGAAAUACAUUUUUCUUUUCCUUCACUCUGACAUCGGAGUGUAACGAUCCGACGAUUUGGAUGAAAUGAAUCGCGGCAACAAUCAUGAAUCAUGAAUCAAGAAUAGAUUAUUAUUGAUUAUAAUUUAUUAUAAAUUGAUUAUGAUUGAAAAAAGGACAGAUGACUGGUGUGUAAAAUUAACUCAUAUUUUAGUGUAAAUAGGCUAGAUGAUCUGCCCAUUAUCCUGACAAUUCCUAUAUCAUCAUUAUUCACAAAUAACAGUAGGCCUACCUCUAAUUCACGUAUUGUUCAUAGGCUAUUAAAUCAAAGUAGCAGAUUCAGUGGUAUUGUCAAAUAUCGAAUAAUAUCAUAAUGUGUGGACGCCUGAGGUUUACACUGCUAAACCAUGGGGGUGUGCAGACUUUUGCACUUGAAUGUACUAUAGGUAUCUGAAAACUGAUAACCAGAGUUAAUAAGGAUGUUUUGUUAAAUCCACUAGUAAGAAUGGAUCAAUAAAUCUCUGUCCUCUCUAGUCAUAUUCAUGUUCAUGCCACUCUAUGUUUCAAAAAUAGUGUAAACUCAGGCAUGACUGGACAAGAGGAACCUUUAAUCUCUUAAUGCUCUGUUAUUUACCAUCAGGAUUUUACAUGCCUAGUAAAUUAUCAGUAUAAUAAUGUGAACUUUUUUAUGACACCCCUCAUAUAUGCAUUAUGCAUCACCUGAUUUUUAUCAAACCAGAAAUUCAGAGUUAAGACCAGUUAACCAUGUUGCUGACUUUCUUGCUUUUUCCCCAUAAAGCCUUCUUUCUAUGUCCUUUUUUUUUUUGUUUGUUUAGAGAUCAUUUAUGGCAUGCAUGACAGCUUUUGUAAUCAGACUAUUCUUAAAUGGCUAUUUUCACGUUUUGUCUUACUUGAGAACCUUUCCUUUCAUAUUUAAGAGCGGUGAUGUGUAUGCACCUCUCACAUCCGUGGGGACGUGAUCUCAAACUGUGAAGUGUGUUUUAAUGUUGUAACACAGCCUUUGUGCUUAUCUGCAGAGAUUUAGACACACAAUGGCAGUUGAUUUGUAUGAAUGUUUCUUAUUGUAUCGUUGUUAUGGUUCAUUUUCUCAUUAAAUAUUAAAAAUGAACAACUGUGUGUGUGUGUGUGUGUGUGUGUGUGU